GCAUGCUAUUGCAUCUCCUGCUGUCUUUCCUUCCCUCCUCCCAUCCCUCUCCAUCCCUCCCUCUCAACCUCCCAGAUGGCUCUGAUGAACCCGGCGAGGAAUUCGGCUCUCCUGAGUUUUGGUACAAAGUCGUCCUCAGCAUCGGACUUGUACUCCUAGGCGGCGUCUUUGCCGGUCUAACUCUCGGCCUAAUGGGCCUCGACGAACUUCAUCUCCGCGUUCUCUCCACUUCCUCCGACGAUCCAAAGGAACGCAAGAAUGCACAAAAGGUUCUUAGCUUACUUCGCAAAGGCCGCCACUGGGUCCUUGUCGUCUUGCUGCUUGGAAACGUCAUUGUCAAUGAGAGCUUGCCUAUCUUCUUGGAUAGCGCACUCGGUGGUGGCAUUGCCGCAGUAGUUAUCUCAACUACCAUGAUUGUCAUCUUCGGAAUCAUCCCACAGGCUGUCAGUGUCCGUUAUGGCCUUUCGGUAGGCGCGUCGUGUACGCCCAUCGUCCUCACUAUGAUGUAUCUCUUCGCACCUAUCGCCUGGCCUAUUGCCAAGCUGCUCGACUACGUUCUCGGAACCCACGAGACCCAUACAUAUAAGAAAGCGGAACUUCGCUCUUUCCUUGCCUUCCACCGGCAAGGCGAGGAACCGCUCCGCGACGACGAGAUCAGCAUACUAAACGGCGUUCUCGAACUGAAUAACAAGAAGGUCGAGCAGAUUAUGACCCCCAUGGAGGAUGUUGUCACAAUUAGUGCCGACCGUGUUCUGGAUCACGCUACCGUCGAUUGGCUCUUGCGGAGUGGUUACUCUCGCAUUCCCGUCCACAAACCCGGACAUCCCCUCACCUUUAUUGGCAUUCUCCUCGUUAAAAUGUUGUCCGUCUACGAUCCUUCCAGCUCCAUCCCUGUUUCAGAACUUCCGCUCUCGCUUUUACCGGAAGCCCCGCCAACCAUCAACUGCUUCCAGGCCUUGGACUACUUCCAAACCGGGCGUGCCCACCUGCUCCUGCUCAGCCGUACACCCGGCAUCGAGGGUGGGGCUAUCGGCGUGAUCACCCUCGAAGACAUCAUCGAGGAGAUCAUUUCCGAAGAGAUCGUCGACGAGACCGACCGCUACGAAGACAACGUCUCGAAGCGUCGCGCCUCGCGCAUGAAAAACGCUGCCGUCAUGAAAGGUAUCGUCGAAUACCGCGUCGGCCGCGCGAACUCCCUCCCGGAAGUCGGCGAUCGCACGCCGUUGCUGGGCAGCCGAAACCAAAGUCCGAUGCCUCUUUACCGAGGAGGGGCCGAGUCCGAUGGCGCGCUUUUGAGCGUGUCGCCCCAGCCUGCUUCCCAGCGCCGCAUAUCGAACUUGAACCCUCAGUACGGGAGCGUGAUUGUCGGGAGUCCCAACGGGAAUAAGUAG